AUGGCAAAGGCGACGGCGCCAUCACGCAUCCAUCAAUACACCCCCAUCACAGCCACCACCCCCAUCAUCCCCCAACAAAUCCCGGUCAACAAUAAUCCCGACCUUCGCCCCUUCUUCUCCCGCAUGACCGCCACCCUCCGCGAAUCUUUUGCACAACGCCGCCCAUGGUUCGAAAUCAUCGACCGUUCCAACUUCUCUUGUCCGGAAACCUUCUCGGAAGCGGUAUCUCGUGUUCGGAAAAACUUAUCUUACUUUCGUGUUAACUACUCCGCCAUCCUCGCCGUCUUCGUUGCAUUAUCUCUCCUUUCACAUCCCAUUUCUCUCUUCUUCUUUGUCGGCGUUGUAUGGGCGUGGCUUUACCUCUACCUUUUCCGAUCACCAGAUCAGCCUGUAGUCCUCUUUGAACACAAUUUCUCCGAUCGUCAAGCCCUUGGGAUCUUGAUCCUUUCCACGAUUCUUAUCGUAUUCUUGACUGGAUUGGGAUCGCUCAUAAUGUAUUCCUCAUUGAUUGGAUUAGGGAUGCUUUGUAUUCAUGGAGCAUUUAGGAUUCCGCAAGAAGUGUUUGUAGAAGAUCAGCAACCGGAUAUUGCCGUCGGAUUUCUUUCUUUUCUUACUGUGACCGCCGCAGCAGCCGUCGCUGCUGCUCCGCCCAUGCCACGCGCUCAGCCUAAGCCACGCGCUCAGCCCAUGCCACGCGUUUGA